AUGGAGGAAUCAUUAAGUGUUAUGAAUAAUCGCUUCAACAACCGAUUAAACAAGUUAAAAACCAAAAUGGCGGCUGAAGAAGUAGCAUAUGUUCUUUUAGAUAUUUUUACAAUUUUCGGUGCACCAAGUAUUUUACAAAGCGAUAAUGGCAGAGAAUUAGCCAAUAAUAUUAUCAAACAAAUGGGUAAUAUGCGGCCCGAGUUAAAAAUAGUGCAUGGAAAACCAAGGCACUCACAAAGUCAGGAUUCAGUAGAAAGAUGUAAUCAAGACGUAGAAAAUAUGCUUAGUUCUUGGUUGGAGAUUAACAAUACUAACAAAUGGUCGGAAGGAUUACGUUUUGUACUACUGAUUAAAAAUCGAGCGCAUCAUACUGGUAUAAACUGCAGCCCCUAUGAGGCCAUGUUUGGAGCAAAGUUAAAAGUUGGACUAAAGAAUUUCAUACCCAACGAAUCGUUGUUCAACGUUAAUACGGAAGAGAAUCUACAGAGACAUUUUAAAACUAUCAACGAAGUAAGUCAAAGUUGCUCAAACUCUGAAAGUCUGGGUACCGUCCAAGAAAACAUUAUGAAAUAUUAUCUGAUAAUGCCACCCUUACAUAGCAAUAUAACUGAUGAAGUUCAAAGAUCUACAUCGUCUUCACGUGAAAAAAAUCUAAACCAGGAUGUUAUUAGCAUUACAGAAUUGGUGAAUGAAGAAGAACAGUCUAAACAAUUGAUCCAAAAAAAGAAGGAAAAAUAA